AAUAACCCUAAAUAUAUGCCAUUGUCAUUGUUGCUACCUGGCUUAGCAUUAACCUGGUGUGCCUCUUUGUUCUUCUCAUUGUGCAGGUCGGUCACAGACCCCCGAGAUGGCAAGCGAGUGGCCCUCAAAAAGAUGCCCAAUGUUUUCCAAAACCUGGUCUCCAGCAAGAGAGUCUAUCGUGAGAUCAAGAUGCUCUGCUUCUUCAAGCAUGAAAAUGUCUUGUCAGCGCUGGAUAUCCUACAGCCUCCACAUUUAGAUUUCUUUCAAGAAAUAUAUGUCACAACAGAACUGAUGCAGAGUGAUCUGCACAAGAUCAUAGUUUCUCCACAGCCACUUACUUCAGAUCACCUGAAAGUUUUUCUUUACCAGAUAUUGAGAGGCCUCAAGUAUUUACACUCCUCAAGGAUACUUCACAGGGACAUCAAGCCUGGCAACCUCUUGGUUAACAGCAAUUGUGUUCUUAAGAUCUGCGACUUUGGGCUGGCCCGUCUGGAGGAGCGGGAUGAACAGCGGCACAUGACACAGGAAGUUGUGACUCAAUACUAUCGGGCCCCGGAGCUGCUCAUGGGAGCACGUCACUAUGGUUCGGCCGUUGACAUCUGGUCCGUGGGCUGCAUAUUUGCUGAGCUGUUGGGACGGCGCAUCCUGUUCCAAGCACAGACUCCCAUCCAGCAACUGGAGCUGAUCACGGAGCUGCUGGGCACUCCCCUGCUGGAGGAUAUGAAGCACGGUUGUGAAGGUGCCCGUGCCCACCUGCUGCGGCGUCCCACCAAGCCGCCCUCCUUGGCAGCUCUGUACACCCUUUCACCACAGGCAACCCACGAGGCAGUCCACUUGCUCUGCCAAAUGCUCGUCUUCAACCCUGACAAGCGCAUAAGCUGUGCGGAUGCCCUGUCGCACCCUUACCUGGAGGAAGGACGGCUGCGAUACCACUCGUGCAUGUGCCGCUGCUGCCAGAGCACACCGGCGGGUCGCCACUAUGUGGCUGAUUUUGAACCUGUCGCACCACAUGCCUUCGACGACUCUUUCGAGACUGAACUUCUCUCCGUGCACCAAGUGAAAGAAAAACUCCACAAGUUCAUUCUGGAAAGGUGUGCCACUUCAAACCGGGUCCCACUCUGCAUCAACCCUCUUUCGACUGCUUUCAAGAGCUUUGCUAGUUCGACGGUGGCGCAUCCUUCGGAGCUGCCCGUCGCCCCACCAAUGGGAGUGACACGGGCGCCCUCCCCUGCACCACCCGUGACCCUUGCUGUUGCCAGCCUUGGGGGCCCAAAGGCUGCAGCUGCCACAGCAGCUUCACCGACACGUCAUUCACCACUGCGAUCACCUCUGUCACCACCAUCACCGCCUAUCUACAACGGCGGCACUGCUCCCUCGGGUCCCCCAGUGGCAGCACCACUGCUGAGCCAACCAGCUGCGCGACACUCUCAGCACCAGUGCGGAUUGGCUGCUGUCGACUGUCUGUCACUCUCUCGCACACAUGCACGGGAUUAGUGUUGAUGGGGAGGCCUCACGGCUUAAGGGUGUGAGUCGAGGCGUCGGGAGCGUUUUGGUUGGUGGUCAGCUGUCUAUUGAGCGACUCACCCGUAAGCGCUCCGUGAGAAGCUUGCGGCUGUCUUGUGUCAGCCAUGAAUGUGUCCAGCUUUGAGAAAGGUACAAAAAGGGCUUUGCGGAAAGAGCCAUUUUCAAGGCUAGGAAUGGAGUCACUUUACUUUUUCCUUAGUGGCACCUGCUGGAAAGAGGAAAAACGUUCUGCGAGUUUUCUUUUCUCUCUCCCUCUAUUUUAUAGCUUCGCACUUCAGUUCUGUCUCGUAUUGCCAUACCGCUUUUCUUUUUUCCUCUGCUUUUAUCCAGGGUGUUCACCUGAUAGCAGGAUUCCUUAUACUUUUUUUUUUUUCCGACCCUGUUCUGCCCUACUUGGAUUCCUUAAGGAGGUCUUUGUUUGGUCUGGUUCACGUAACUGAAGAGACUUUAUUGUGGCAUCCCAAAAGAGAGAUGCAGGAGCUCGGACCAUCUGGCUCUCGGUAUUCAGUUUAGUGAAAUUUGUCGGGGACCACCGCAAAUGCAAGAGGCUUUGGGACAAAUUUUCACGUGACGCAAUGCCUGGCCAUGUGUCGCUUGCCCUGGGCAAGUGUAGUCACCCGUGACGGCAGACAUCCAUCGGCACUCCUAGCCUUACCCAAGGUUUCUCUUGGGGACUAGUAAAGAGCAUGCUGCUACUCUUCUCACCCGCCUCUCUUACCGUCACCUUCCCUGCGACAUCCUUUCCUUGUAGAGGAAUAGCAUGGCUUUUUCGUGUCCCUGUGCAUGAGCGUGGAGCGUCUUGAGGUCAUGGUUGCCUGUGCAUCGUGUGGGGAGCACUUAGCCUAAAAAAAAAAGUGUGCAUGAGUGUGUGUGUGUGUUUGCACGCCAUGUUUGUGUACUUGUUUGACGCGAGAAACUUGACGUGGGGGUGUUUAAGUAAACAAAAAAGGUACAGUCUGGGGAGAGCUGUUGUAAUGUCUUACUGUGAUAACUGACUGUCGUUUCCCUUCUCUGUAUGUGUGUCUUUUGCACGCUUUCACCCUUUGUAAGGCCCAACUUGGUAGUACCUCUUGUGACACGCCCUUUAGCUGACUUACCCGCAGGAAGUGCUGGUGCAGGUGAUCAAAGCUUUUUGUUAUGCUAAGCAGUGCUGAAAUUUGUUUUUGACUAUUAGCUUCCAUAACUUUUCUUUUGCUGCUUUCAAAUGGUCAGGGCUGGUCCAAUUUGGAAACAUUCAUGUAAAUGUUAUGUAGGCAGCAUUCACCUAAUGUGAUAUGCUAUGGUCCUAGGUUCACACUCUUUAAAAGCAUUCAGACAUCUCAGCUGAUAGAAAUUGAGUGAACAGGUUCACUUUACGUUCUCAGCAUUUGACAUUGCUUAGCCAAGACAAUGAUACCUGCCCUACAGAAUGUUUUACCAAUUUGAGGUGCCUGUCACUAGACUGGGGGCGUAGUAUGCUUCUCGAAAAAUCCUCAUUCAUCUCAGCAUCCUGCGAGGUCGAAUGCGUCCUUUAUUCUCCUCCCCACUGUGCAUUUCGUACGCGAAAGAACAGCCUGUGUGUGCGCUGGGAGAAAACGUCUCUUCGGACCAAAGCAUGUACAUACAUCAUUACCAGUCAUGCUCACUCAUCCAUGUACAUUAUUUUGUACUCCUCAUAGCUAGCUAGAAACGUAUUAGCGUUGCAAAUUGGGCAAGUUGGUAACGAUCCAUAUUCACCACUUAAUUAAGGCAGGGACAAGCAAGAAGAGAGGACAGCACAUGUCCUGUGUUGUUCUGCUUGUCCCUGUCUUAUGUGGUGCUGUUGAAAAUGGAUAGCUAGAAACACAGAAAAAGGAAGUGAACAAUGUGUGGCACUGACGAACGCACAGAGUUCUCUCUCGCAGAAAAGUUGUGCUCUUUAUUGCCUGCUGUCCGAGAAAUCUCUCUCUCAUUUUGUUGUCCCCUUCCCAGUCGUUUAUUUUUCCCUUUCUUCGGCUAGUUCAUCACAUGCUUUCCAGUCUCCUGAAUGACUGAAUUCAAGUAGGAGAGUGGGUAUUUACGACUGCUCUGACAUCAUUCACAUGUGAACUUUGUAUUAAGGAGCAGUUCAACUUAACACUUUUUUUUUUUUUUUAGCUUUAGAGCACAGGUUUUAAAUUUCACUGCAUUUUUGUUUUCCUUCGAGUUCUGUAUAUUCAUCCUCUCGCCCACCACUAUACCUGUCUUAGUUUGUUGUGUUGAUUGCAUGCGGUGCAUCGGGUAGCCACCCUGGCUUAAGUUUUACGUUCGCAUGCUCUUGGACAGCUUCAUCACUUGUGAAUGGUGAUCUAAUGGUGUUAUUUUAAUGUUGCCAUUAUUGCUUGUCCUGGUGUGUUCAGUAAUACCUAGAAUGUCCUCAAUUUAGUGUGGUUGCUGAUGUUCAUAUGACUGCAGUGAUUGGUGCUGUCGUUAACGUCUUACCCACUCCCCCUUCCCCCUUUUAUGUUGUUCAUGUGAUGAAAAUACACCUUUUUUUAGUAUGAUCUCAGUAUGUUGCACUUUCCUUUGCUUUUUUUUUUUCUUUUUUUUUUUUUCUCAUUACGGUAGUGACGCUAUCGCAUCGGUGGUUGAUUUCUUUUUGUUUCAAAGUAUGUGGUGUAUUCACAAAAUAUGGGUUGUCACUCCAAGCAUUGUAAUUCAUGUACUGUGUGUAAGUGUUGCCCCACAUAGGAACUUUUUGUACUCUUGCAAGGCCAUUGUAUGCAGCAGCAUUGUAUAUAGCGAGGUUAAUAUUACUAUCACCACCUUUUCAACUUACUGCAGGACAGUUUUCCUUCAUUUUUUUUUCUUUCUCUCUCCCUCUCGGGUGUUACCUCUUCUUAUUUCAACCUGUUUGUUGGUUUCUCAGCCAGUCAUACUGCAGACAUGUAUCCUCGCAGUUCUUGGAGUUCUUACAUGUCACUUCUUUUCACUGCGUUAUCCUGCAUUGAGCUGCAUCAUUUUACUUGGUGUUCUACCAGUGGUCUGACUUGCACGCCUGUGGGCUAAACCCUGCGUAGUAACUAGGCAAGCCAUUUCUUUUAAACUCGUAAGCGCUGAGGAGUAGUUGGUGUGUUUUUCAUCCUGUCUGUAAGCAAUCUGACAAAGCCUCACUUAUCCUCCAAUGUGGCCCAUGUACAUACACAGUAAAAUAUAUCACUGCAUUAAGUGUCAAAGGCAAAGGACUUCUUUAAAAUCUGUGUGUUUCUUAUCAACUACUGGAGGUAAAAGGAUGCAAGAAGCACCUUGGUGCACACGAAGUAUUUGUAGCAGCAAUGCCUAGUUGCGUGUAGCUGUCUAUAGACACUGCUUUGUAGUCUGUAACUUUCGCAACUUGUGUUUUUUUUUUUUUUCCCUCCUGUUCUGGCACUAACACCACACACACUUUUAGCUAUUGACGUGCCAAAGAACAAGUGCUUCUCGUGGUUUUUUUUUUUUUUUUUUAAUCGACUAACACUUUGGCAGCGCCAGCAUAAUUGCAACCAGAUCUCUGGACCUCCACAUUUUUUUUUUUUUAUGUUGUCUUGGCGCAGACAGAUGUGUGGGUCAAUUUCCUGCCAUGUACUAUAGUAUAACUUAUUUGUGUUUUCGUGUCCCUCGGGUACUUUUGUUUUUUCUCCUAGUAUGUGGGGGCUGUAGGCUUUGACUUCAGAGGCAACUCCUAACAUUAUGCGAGAAACUAGUCGUAAGGACUGUGCGUCUUACACUGACCUCGGCUUCACACUGUCUUGUAUGGAUGCAAUCGUCUGGACUUUCUCUCAAUGGAAAAAAAAGGCUAACAUAGAAAUGAUGGUUACUGUCUCUGCUAUCGCAGCAUUGCUUGAGAUUGCUAAUCAGAGUCUCGUAUAAUGAAGAUUUGUUCACCUUGUUGUGCGUUUAGGUCUGAAGAACUCAUCUGAUCGCUUAGCUCUAGGGAGGCAGCAGGUCCAAUACAAGCAGCCGCUUAGGAUUGGGUAGAUGUCGGCACAAAUGUCCCUGGUAAGAGUUCAGGUUGUAGUACUAGAACAUAGAGGUUUGUUUCAAGCUACAAAUCGGAAAGAGCACUAGGCAGACGUACACUAGAUAUAAACAAGAGCUAAAGAUUAAACGUUACCCUUUAUUUCCUAAAGCCUAUGCUUUUUGUGAAAUGGUGCAAGAUUGGGUCCAGUAUAUGGUGCUGAGAGCAGUGUAGUAGUCAUAUAGCACAGUAGAAUAAAAGUGAAACAAAAGGUUAGGUUAAGGUGCUAACAAAUUGCUAGAACAAAACUUGGAACAGCACGCAGAGUUUUUUUUUUUUUUACAAACUGUAGAGAAAGGCUGCACCACAUGUAACAAUCAUCUAGCCUCCCAUUUUGUCUGUGUGAUGUUAGCAGAGCAGCUUGGAACAAAGCUUGUGCUUGCAUUCCCUAGAUAGGCUCCUAAUCUGUGCAUUUUUCAGCUGCUUCGUUAGCUGUGGACGUUCAGCUAGAGCUGUCUGUGCAGUUAUUCCUGGAGUCGCUCUGCUUGUGUUCAGUGAGCAUAUGUUGUGAAGUCUACACCCUUCCUAACUAUUACUGGGAAAAGAAGGAGGUGCUUUUUAACCAUUUCUUUCUGUUCGCAGAGACAUCCAACUGUAAACAGAGGUCCUUGUAAAGCAGCUAGUAACAAAUUAAAAUGAUAUUGGUGGAAAAAAAUAUAUUAGGUUAUCUAUUUUGUGGAAACAGAUUUAUUAAAGCUCUCCUGCGGUAGAAUAUCAAUUCUUUCACUGUGGGAAAUUGAGUGCUGAUAAGUGUUACCUGGAAGUUCACUACAUUGAAUCAAUGAAUCAUCAGUGUGUUUGGCAUUUUUUCUACAUUUGUUUAAACCCCCCCCCAAAUAAUUCAAUUAUUUUCGUCAGUUCCAUCUGGGUGAAAUUAACGGAAGUCUACUGUAUUCGUUACUGCUGUGCUUUAAGGCUGCAGUUGGGAGAUCGAUUAAAAGAGAUCGAUUACAAAAUGAUAAAAUUUUGGUAAUGAGCUAACAUCAUUCUGCCAUUUGUCUUAGACAGUGUCCACCUCUUCAUGCAACGGAAUGCGGCAGAAUUGCAAUAUCUACUAGAGGAGAUCCUAGUAAGUCCGUUUCCAUUAAGAUAACUCUGUUUAUACAGUCUACUACUACAAGCUUAUGGUUUACACUUGUGCUGUGCACACUUACAUGACUCGUCCCCCUAGGUUUAGGAAACUGCAAACACCUUCCGUGGUCCGCACACAGAUGUCGUUGCCGAGGCAGAGUUUUGUUCCGCAUGAGAGUUGUGCUGGCUGGCGAGGCAAAAGUGCCACGUUGAUCAGUAACCUUGAGUGUUGGUCAGGCACAGUGCACCAAGUUGCGCGAUAGAUUGUAUAUUGUGGUUCAUUGGUAGGCAUCUCCUACGUUUUGGAGGAGUUUCCACUGCCGAAUGUUUAGCACAUGCAAUUGCUGCCACCUAAAACCUCGGGUACGACAAUCUUGGCCCUCCACUUGUGCCGCCCUAUGCCCCCUCCCUUUUUUGUGUGUGCAGUUUUCAAUAUAGGGCUGGUAGCCAUCAGAGGUGGUGAAAAGUUUUCACACACUCUGCUAUCCAGCGUUAUGUUACUGUAAGGCAAUAGCUUCUGCCCCCCUUUGUUUAAUGACACUCCUUCAAGCUACUCUUAAUACACCAACCACUACUAUUUUAUCGCUGUUUGCAUAUUUCACUUCUAGUGUAUGUGUGGAAGCAGGUUCACUUUGCUGUUUUGCCACUCUGUAAUGAUUGUAAUCUUGCCGCUACAACUGGCAAAUGUGGUGUUAUGCUCUACCGUGCUGCUCUGUUCAUGCCUUUCUUCCCGCUGUAGAUAAGAAUCUGUGUGUAUGAUAAAAUGUAGUCAGUGAAGGUCGUGAUGUUUUCACACUGUAUCUCCAUAGUGGGCUUGCAGCCAAGAAAUGGUGCAAGGAAACAUUCAAAGUUGAGGCUGUGACGAAAUGUGGUACUAUGUAGCAGCAAGUGGCAUUGCUUGUCGUACACGCCUUCGGAAAAAAAAAAAUUGUCUGCUUGCUGUAGUCCUGGACAGGUUGAAGAUGAUGCAUUUUGUUUCCUGGAGUAGCGUUCUGGAGCUGUCACACUCAGUGGUACCUAAGGCGGUUUUAUCAUGAGAAUAAGUAGUUUCCAAGCUGUUGCUUUAUUCCUGGAGACACCUUCAGUGCCCUCUUUCACAUCAUUUGCAGGACUGCCAAAGCACAGGUUCAGUAGCUGGUUGAAAAUGAUGACACUCGUUUGAUAUAACAUCCAGCAUCAACGCCUCACAGUAGCAAAGGAUAUCAUGCGUUGAUGUAUUUCUGCUGCCUGUUGUGUUGGUGCAACUGAAAGCAAGUUUGGAAGUAAUGCCACCAAAGUGUACAUUCACACUCAGUCCUUCAGUCACGUCUCGCUUGCACCAGUUUAACCAUUUGGAGUGCGCUGACAGCAGUACCUGCAAAGGUGACAGCUCCCAAAUGCAUCUCCUCCUUGUCGCUGGUCCACUACGUCCUGUAGACGAGCUCGCUGUAUUUAUGUCAUCUCAGCCCUUGAUGAGGAGAGAAACAGGUUAUAACCACAGAAGGUGCUCAUGUUUUAAGAUCAACAAUGCUAUCAAUGAGAUGUGCUUUAAUUCUCCUCCUGGCUUGCAGUAGACCAGACAAAGUGGUCCACUGAUUACAAAUUUGCCUGCACGCAAAGACUGCACCAUAUUGAAGUAAUUUACUGCUGCAUGCAAGGACAGCAGGAGCGUCGGAUAACAUUGAGAAAGGUACAGCCUUCAACACACCUAGCUUGAACAUGUGAAAUGACUUCAAGCAGCCUUGUACAGCAGGCGCUAGGCUUCUGGAAAAAAGAGGUGACCAUAGAAUGCACUUUCACUAGUGAAAAGGUGCAGAAAGCAUGUUUGCAUUAAAUGUAUUGUAGGCUGUACUUGCAAAGCUGAGAUGUUACUUGAAGUCACUGAAAAAAACUACUGGCAUCGUACCUCAUGCAUUUAGAGAUUAAGCUGCAUGUGAAAGCCAUUGUUGUAGCUGCAUGUAAGCAUGUUGAGGACUAUGGAAGCUCUUAUUCGGAUUAAAAUUUUUAAAAAAUGUGGUAAUGUCUCUCAGCAACUCUGACAUAUUUCUAUAUUGCACUGUGGACCCCUUUGCUAAUUAUCAAGUUUGCAUAUUCAUGUGAUGCUUCUGCUGAACUAAUGGCUGCGCAGGCUAUCAUUCGAACAAGGACAAAACACCAAGUGUAUGUGGCCAUGCUCAUCCAUGAUGUACAAUACUGAAAUCGUGCAAACUACAACGGCACCUUUCAUCUUGUAAAACCUUUAUUUGCACAUAAUUUGCCGAUUUGGAAGUAAGCCGUGCCUCCAUUGUUGGCCGUAUUGCUAUUUCGAAAUGUAGCUUGAUAAUUUGAAAAUGGGCCUGCCGGCACUGUAGGCCAUUUUGGCUGAUUUGCACAGAAUGGUGUUUGUACCACAUUUGUCACCAAAAGCAGCAGCAUUUGUAUGGCUUUGGCCCGAGACUUCUUGAGAAAAAUUAGUUCUGUGAAAACGCAUGGUGCUUGCACAUCUCAGAAGCAGCAUGCCACGCCCGUCGGGUAUCGUUUGUCAAGAGCAGAGCCUUUUGUAUGUCACCAGUAGCUUCUGUACGCAUGUGCUCUUCAGUGUGCGGUUUCAUUUCUUGUGGGUGUGCGUUUUUUUGUACACGACUACUAACAACUGCUGUUCAUCACCACCACCACAACUACUACUACUGUACUAUUAUUACUACUGUUUGCACACUGCUUAGGUGGAAUGCUCUCCAAAUGUGUAUUAGUCAGCACACUUUAUGAAUUGGGUGGAGUUUGGUGUUGUGCCUUCCAGGGAAGAAUAUUUCCAUCUUCCUCACAAGUCUCUUGUAGGUCUUUUUAAGAAUGUGGUGUGUACUCGUCCUGUCGUGGUCUCUUUCUUUUUUUGUCCUCUGUUGUGAAUGUUCUUAAAUACCGAUUCACAGUGCUCAUUGGUGGAAACUAUGAAUAGAGUUUUGUUUUGGUUUGUUUA